AUGUUUCCACUAUCAGGAUUUCCCAUUGCAAUGGAAUCAGUGGCGCAGCCCAUACAGGCUACCGCUAGUGUUGGCAUUAUUCCUGCUUUAAAUGAACCGAUACGUCCUACCAACACGACAAUUUCUCCAGUUUCCUUCCAAAUAGAUCGAUCCCAUCCAGUAAAGGUGAAGUCUACCCGACAAGAAAAGAUUGGCUUAUGCCCUCCAGCAGGAGAUGAGAAAGCUUGCACAAAUCGAUCCCAUCCAGUGAAGGUGAAGUCUACCCGACAGGAAAAGAUUGGCUUAUGUCCUCCAGCAGGAGAUGAGAAAGCUUGCACAACUUAUACAAAAUGUUCCAAUGACUUUGAUUGUAAGGAUGUGGAGAAAUGUUGUGCGAAUGCUUGCGGAUCUGUUUGCGUGGAUCCAACAAAGGCUACAAAUUGUGUUCAUUUCGUAGUAGCAGUGAAAAAACUGCCGGAACAAAAGUUGAAGAAUGGAUAUAUUCCAAAAUGUGAUGAUAAUGGAAAGACUCUAUUCAGUCACGUCAAGCCGCUUGUCAUGACAAAAUUUGCGGGAGGUCAGGACUUCAAAGGAAGCACCAUAGACAUAUUCGGUCCAUAUCACUCUAUCAUUGCUGACAUUGACUUGGAAUUGUUUGCCAUAAUAUAA